AUGCGUCCAGGGCAACUAUUUCUUUCUGCUGUGCUAGUUUGUCAGGAGCAGCAACACAUUUUCAGGAACAUUCUGAAGAAAGGUGGGAAUGCGGUCGAUGCUUCCAUAGCAGUGAUGUUCUGCCUUGGAGUCACGAACCCACAAUCAAGCGGUCUUGGAGGAGGGUUCUUGAUGACCAUCUACAACAGGUGA